AUCGAUCAAACGAGCCAGAGGUGCAUUCGAAUAAAUCGCUUCAUGACGCCCGUCACUACAUCAAUGCAGCCUCGCGCCACAUCACCUCACAGGACGGAAUGAUGGAAUCCCUCGACGGACUCGAGACUCUGAUGCUCGAGGCACGCUAUCAUAUCCAUGCUGGCAAUUUGCGACCUGCCUGGCUUCUUUUUCGCCGGGCGCUCGGUAUAGCACAGUUGAUGUGUCUUCCUCGGGGGGACGGAGACAGCCGUGCAGACUCUCUCUGGUUUUGGCUUGUAUACAGCGAUCGCUUUCUUUCAUUGAUGCUAGGCCUUCCAUUAUCAGUUGAUGGUACUCUUACAAUUAAUUUAUAUGGUACACCAAGACGCUUAAGCGAGCUGUGGAUGGCUUCACGGCAGUACUCCGGUGACGAGUCGACGCGGAAUCGUGGCUGCUGGUCGGGAGUCAUCUUGAUGCCGAAUUUCGUGGCGAGAAAAAUGUCGUUUCGUUUGUCGGGAUUCGCAGCAAACCAUUUUCCAAGGAGAUCCUCAGAAGUGCUAUACUCGUCGGCUGAUUCGUUAGCCAUUGUCCCAUUCAGAAAAAGAAUACUCACCCCUGUCCCAGAAUGUUUCGCCCCUCUUGUAUGCUUCGUCGAGGAAGGCCAUGUGCUCCGAUUCUGCAAGUGGCAUCCCGUACAUUCCGCUGGCCCCCAUCAGGCCCAAUCCCAGACGUGGAAUCAGUGGUCCGUUCUUGCCCAAUUGGCGCAUGGGGGGGGGUGUUUCAAGGUUGGCAUAGUGCUGUUUGAGAUUGAAAGUGGAGGUGUAUGGAAUGAGAUGGCUGUCCUUAUCAUGAUAUGGGAGAUCGCUAUAUAUCUUUGGAUAUCGGGGCUUACGGCGAAAUAUUCUACAUGCAGUUUGAAACCACUGAACCGUAAAGCUAUUGUUGUCAUGCAUUAUUGAUUCAUUCCGCCGUUAUCUCCACCUUAUCUCCGUCGAAGCAUGCAUAAACAAUUAUACUGCCAUUUCUACUCCGCGCGGCUACCAAUUGGUCGCUGAUGAUUUCGAGAUCCAAGGUCUCCAAGACCAUCCGGACCCUCAAACGGCAGAUUUGGAAGGUUUGAAAACACGCA